AUGAGGAUGAUUCCGAAGAAAAAGAAUCUUGAGAAAGUGUCAGAUUGCAGACCUAUUUCACUAAUUGGUUCCAUCUAUAAAGUAAUAUCCAAAGUUUUAGCAAAUAGGCUGAAAAAGGCUCCGUCAGGUAUUUGGUAUCAUAUCUCAAAUUGGUUGGGUAUCUCAACGAAAAUGCGUAAUGAAGGGAUAGAUCACCUCCACCAAUUUGAAGGCCUCAUGGGCAGAAAAAGAGCAUUCAUCAAAAGGAUUCGGGUGAUCUGUCGGUUUCCAGUGACCUUCUUGAUCGCGUCGAAGCGAUCUGUUUUAUUUUCAAUAAUUAGGGGCUUCUCUCAUCCCGUUUCCGCUCCUGUUUUGGUGUGCUAUCACCUUCGGUUGAGUCUAUUUACAGCUUUGCAGUCGCUUCUUGGAGAAGCAGAGUCUGCAACUGGCAAUGCUAGGGUCUAG